GCUUCCGUGUUCGUUGUGGCUAGCCCAACACACUUCACGAAAUAAUUAUUCCCAAAAUAUUACAGAACUUCCCGAAACUUGAACGCAGAUCGCAACAUUAUCGCUUCACUGGAGUAAAACAUUUUCCAUUAAAUCACCGAGUUCGGGUAAACUCGUCUCGGUGCACGUUGUGAAAGCUUCUUGAGCUCACCUAGCUUGUAUUAGUUUGCCGGCCGCUCACAAAGAGACGCGUUUGAUAUCAAUACAUCCUGUGCUAAAAACAAAUCUGGUGUGUGUAAAUCGUUGAAAAUGUGUGCAAAAACCGUAAAAGAAGAGUUCGGGGAGGAACUUUCUUGGGCAAAAGAAAACGAGCCACAACGUCAACUACUGGCCGACGUAUUCAACGAGUCUCAAGAUGUGUUACAAAGAGCAGACGUCAGUGAAGACUGUCUUCAUUCUGACCAGCAGGAGCAAGAGCGCCUUAACUGUAAAGAGGAAGAGGAGCCAGAGCACCUCCACAUUAAAGAGGAAGAGGUGGAGACUGAUAUCACCAAUCCGCCAUUGGCUGGUGUCGUCCUGAAAGGUGAAGAUGAAGGAGACGAUCGUCAAAGUGUUGAGAAGAGAGGGGCUGAGCCUCCGAGCAGUAGCUCAAGUCAACACAUGACAACGGAAGGCGAGAGAGACAUCUGUGGAGCAUCACAAUCAGGGAGCCUCUUAGCUCCACUUUCAGAUAGUGAUGACAUAUCAUCACAUUCUCCCGACACUGAGGAUGAUGAUGAUGAUGAUGAUGAUGAUGAUGAUGAUGGACACUCUAAAAGUGAUAUGACAGGUCACACUGACAACAAACACAGAGAAUGUUCUCAGUGUGACAAAACUUUUUUCAACAGGUCGUCAUUGAAAAGACACAUGAGAACACACACUGGGGAAAAACCUUUCUCCUGCUCAGUGUGUGGCCUUAUAGUAAAUCAAAAGUGUAGUUUAACAACUCACAUGAGAACGCACACUGGGGAGAAACCUUUUGCCUGCUCAUUUUGUGGUCAAAAAUUCUCUGCAAAGGGAAACUUAAGGAUACACACAAGAACACACACAGGUGAGAAACCUUUUGCCUGCACAGUUUGUGACCAAAAAUUCUCCGUGAAGGCGACUUUAAGAACACACAUAAGGACGCACACAGGUGAGAAACCUUUUACCUGCACAGUGUGUGGUAAGAGCUUCUCUGUCAAGGGAAGUUUAAUAAGCCACACAAGAACACAUACUGGGGAGAAACCUUUUGCCUGUUCAACUUGUGGUAAAAUUUUCACGCAGAAGGUACAUUUAACAAGACACGUAAGGACACACACAGGAGAGAAAUCAGGUAGUGGUUCAGCCUGCGAUUUAAGUUCAGGAGUGAAAGAUCUUCGUCCUGAGCAGCCGAAGUCGACCCCCAACAUUAAAAAGGAAGAAGUGUGGCCAGAGCCCUCCCUCAUUAAAGAGGAAGAAGAGGAGGAGGAUAUCACUAAGUUUCCAUUGACUGUUGUCACUGUGAAGAGUGAAGACGGUUGAUGAGAAAGUGAAGAGAACAGAGGAGCUGAGCCUCCAAGUACCAGCUCACGUCAAUACAUGACAACAGAAGGUGAUGCGGACCAUCAUGGGGAAGUCAAAAGCAGGCAGCCUCUUCGCUCCGCUAUCAUUAAGUGACGAAACGAUGUCACGCACCACUCACACUGAUAAUUAUAAAGAAUCAAAAGGACAUUAGAUGUCCCAUUGAUACCAAACCUUGUUCUCUGUGAAAGCACUGAAAAAAAAAACAUUUCCUUUGCAGGCGUUCCACUCAUUUGUUUUGAUAUACAGUAUACGCCAAUGUAUUUUUUAAAAUGUAAUUUGAAUGUAUAUGAUUUGUUUUUUAAUUGUUUUAAUUUGUAUUUAAUGUCGAAUGUUGCAACUUUGUGAUUUAUACAAUGGUGCCUUGACUUUCAUCACCCCUCACAAACAACACAACAUUUCACAUGCUUUCAAUUAAAGCAAAAAUUGCUGUGUUAUAAAACAUUACAAUGACAAUACAACCAAACAUCAUAGAAGGCAAUUUUGAAGAAAUUUAAAAGGGUUUGUAAAUUGUAAUUAAGCCGAAAGCCUCACCAACACACACUUUGUAUUUGUUGAUGGCUAACAGGAACUGGAGUCAAUUGGAUUGGCCCUGCACCACAUGGUUAAUUCAGUGUCAAUGUCUGCCUUAUGCUGCUUCUGAAUGUUCCUUCUGUAGUUUGUGUGUUUGACUGCCCUAUUCAAUAAACAGCUCAAAAGUG